AUGGAAUCUUCACAUAACAAAUUUAAUGAGGAAAGAAGAAUGAGUGGCAUCCUUAAGUCUUAAUCGUAGAAGCACUAAUCAUCAACUGGGCAUGUAGGAUUCGAUAAGGUUGUAGUAAAGGAAGUAGAUGUACAAAAUGAAGCAGAUGUUGAAGGUGAGGCAGGCCAAGAUGACAUCCAAAUGCAAGACAGUACCGGAUCAAAUGUUGCUUUUGAAGAUGUGAAGUAGGAAGAUGAAGGCGUUGAAGGUGAGGGAACUCAAAUUGAGAUGUCUAUUUAGGAGGCUGAGUUGCAAAGAUAGUAAUCAGGAGAUGACGAAGAAAGAAGAAGACAUGAAGAAUUCUUAAAAAAGAGAAAGGAGUUUAACAAGGGCGAAGUCAACUCAAAAGCUUUGUUUUAGAAAGUUCCUUCAGACGAUGAAGAUGAGGAUCAGUGA